AUGACAUUUACCUCCUCGACAAGCAGUCAAACCGGCAAAGUCCGCGCAAUCGGCGUCUCCAACUUCACCGUCCGCCGCCUGGAAGAACUCCUAGCCCAAGUCGCCGUCAUUCCAGCCGUGAACCAGGUCGAAGCACACCCGUACCUCCAGCAACCGGAUCUGCUACGAUUCUGCCAAAGCAAGGGCAUCGUCGUUGGAGCGUACUCGCCCCUGGGUAACAACCAGACCGGUGAACCGCGUACGGUCGAUGAUCCCCUUGUGCACGCUGUCGCUGCGGAGCUGGGGAUGGACCCCGGCCCGCUUCUUGCUAGCUGGGCUGUCCAGCGUGGGACGGUGGUUUUGUCGAAGAGUGUUACUCGUGCGAGGAUUCAGGCGAACUUUCGGGUUAGGCGGCUUCCUGAUGAUGCGUAUGCUCGGCUUACAUCGCUGGAGCGGCAGAAGAGGUUCAACUUUCCUGUGUUUUGGGGGUAUGAUACUUUCGAGGAGGUGGGUGAGGAAGCCGUGCGGAAGGCUGCCUUGGAUGCCGGCCGAUCAACAAGACUAGGUUUACUGUUUAGAUGA